GGGUAACUUUGAGUGAUUUAAUUUGACAUAUUUUGUUGGCAGCAGGCACUAGGCAGUAGACAAAUUGCAGAUACAUUGCAGGAUGCUCAAAGCAGAUUGCGGUUUUCAAGUUUAAACUGCAUUUUGCUUGUAGUCUCAGUUUCGUGACUAAAGAUAAACCUAGUAACUUUUGACCGAGCAUCUCGUGCUUCCUAUGUAUAUAAUAGUUACCAAAUGCCAAUGUAUUUACCUCUUCAUAAUGCGUCCGAAAAGAAGUACUUUAUUAAAAUUCCAGUUACUAAAUUAGGCUUUGUUACAGUGUCUUUGCCAUUAUUUGCGUUUGUUAUAUGUGUUCUAAUGACGAUGUUGAAAGAUUUUGAAAGAGCAAAUAAUACUCACUGCAAAGUUCCCAAUGUAUUUCCGUCGAUAUCAGCAUCUAUUGGAAACUAUGAACCACAACGAACUAUUUGGAAAACGGCUAUAUUCAUUCACGCUCCAUUAAGGUUUUUUAUAAUUUAUUUACGAUGGGAAUAUUAUAGAAGCAUCAUUAGAAAAAAUUGUUUAAUUGUAGUAAAACUAGCAGUAUUUUUAAAUGUUAUUGAAAAUUUAGCCUUAUUGGGAUUGACACAGUGGACAUCAUCAUUUAACUACCCUUAUCAUGAGGUAUGCUUUAAAACAUUUAUUGGAACCUCAAUAUUUUACAUGUUCUUCACUUGCAUGAUGAUGACAAAAUACAGAAGAAGACAAACAAAUUCCCCAACAGAAGCAUACUCUUUAAAACUAAAAUGGCGAGCAUUUUCUAUUAAUGUUGGGUCCUUUGCAUUUGCCGCCUAUUUCUUUUUAAGACAUAAUAGACUGUGUGAACCUUAUGUUUAUUCUAUGUUUGGAUUCUCUGAAUAUAUAGUAGUAGUCAGCAAUAUACUAUUUCACAUGACAACAAUAUAUGAUCUCAAAGUACAAUAUAUUUAUUUUACUAGAAAAGGCAUAACCAUAGAAUGACUCAGGAUUUUAAGUAACUUAUUUUUGGUACAGGAGGAUAUUAAAGCAUUUGGUACAAAUGAGAAGUUUUCAGGAAUAACAUAAUUAUUUAAAUUUAUUCUAAACAGAUCUUAAUUAAAUAACAGUUCAAAAAUAAAUAUAUCAGUAUCAUGGAUAAAGAAAUAUUGGAAUAACACGGAUGUUACAUCAUUUAGUGCUUACUAAAAAAAAAUUAGUACAUUUGUUUUUCGACAUGCAUGUAAUAGAUGCAGAAAAAAGGAACAAACUUACCUAUUGUAGACAUUAAGAUACUUAUAUACUCAUAUUCAAUUGAAUAUUGCUCAUCAACAUUAGGUGCUGAUAUAAAAUACUUGGGUGAUUAAAAUUUUUAUUACACAUAAUUAUGUAAGUAAAUGACCUUAAUAUUUUUAUAGAAUGUACAUAAAUAUUAACUAUUAUUUAUGCUAUAUAGAUAAUCGUAUUGAUAAUGGUAGCUUAAAACUAUACAGGUUGUAAAUUGUGCAUAAGCAUGGAGCUUUAAUAAAAAUGCUACUUUUUAGUUGUUUCAAUAUCUACCUAUAGUAAUGAUUAUGGAUUUCUUGAUAUUGUCAACAUGUUUUUAACAUAUUCAUACCAAACCAGUAAGUAUUUGUAAACCAAAAUAUA